UGGAUGCCUCCUUGGACGACUCGGACGUAUUUUAGCUAAGCUAUGAUCCCUUUACCUGGAUAAAAUACCGACGUACUUAGGUAAUAGAUGUGGUAUAGAUAUGUAAGUAACCACGAAGAUAAGUAACAUGUCAAUUUUUAGUGGAAAGGGCGCGACAGCGACGUCAUGCUUCCACAAGAUUAGCUGUCUCUGCCUAGCUCAUCUGGGUAGGAGUCUCCCUUCCCUCUUCCCACCUAGUGGGGUUAGACUUCUGCAUCAUCUGACGAACCAUCAUCGAGCUUUUGGCAAACAGGUCCUUCUUCUGUCCUCACCUUCUCAACCUCAUGUGUCAAUGAGCACUUCCUCCAAAGGGGGAAACUCGGACACGGCACAGAGCGCACCAGGGAAGUCCGAGGACCGGGGGCCACCGCCGGCCCCUCCUACCUGCUGCUGUAUGAGUGGCUGCCACAACUGCGUGUGGAUUGAGCACGCAGAGGAGCUUCUCAAGUACUACCACGACGGAGGCGAGAAGGCCUUGGCGGCCAUUGAGGAGAACAUUCAGGACGAGAACCUCAAGACUUACCUGAGAAUGGAAAUCAGGCUCCUGAAGAAACAUUGACCCGUGUGUGGGGGUGGCUGUGUGUGUGUGUGGGUGUUUGUGCCUGUUACAUAACAUGCAAGCAUGAAGGUUGACUGUAGCAGGCAUUUGACUUUUUUUUUCUUGAUCUGGUCAGUCACUGAAGGGUGAGAGACUCUGGAGAGCAUUGCCUUUACAACAGCACUUUAACACAGCAGUGAACUUUAUAUAAGCAGCCCUGUGGUUCAUACACGGACAAUGAAAUUGAUGUAAUUCAUCCAAUUCACAGUAAGUGAAGUACGUGAAGGUAACACUUACCGGCUGGCACUUAGUAUGAAGAAGCCAAUAGUUGCACAUCAGUUUAGAUAUGAAUAUCUCUUGGUAUUUAUGUGUUAUAUUGGGCCACACAUGAAGAUUUUUUUUUUUGCCAUGAGAUUAAACUUGACAUUAAACUCAAAAUUUUGAGAAUAAUGUUGAAAUACCAUGUCAACUUUAAUAUUGACAUUUCAUCUUGACAUGUCAAUCAAAACUAGUUUGGAGAGAGUGACUGCUUCAAAGUAGCUGCCACUGAAUCCGGACAGUCUCAGACUCAAUCAGUUGGCCAACAAUUCAACAAAAUGCCUUUUAUAGCCUAGAUGAUUUGGUGAAAUUGUAGGCUAUAGGCCUACUUCAGAAUUGGGUUUAGCAACAAUUAUAGCCUAUUAACUAGUUUUGAAUGUCGAAUAAAGACAAAAUGUCGAGUUUAAUGUGGACAUGUCGAGUUUAAUCUUGUCAUGGCAAAAAUAUUUUUCUCUUCAUGUGUGGCCCUAAUACUCAAUGGUAGUUAUAUGAUCAUCAACAGCAAUUUUCAAGAUUGUUACAUUUGCACACUGAACAGUGCUUUCUGUUAUUUAUCCUUUAGUGUGGAGCCUUUGUGAGCACAAUGGCAUGAUUUUAUUUAAACAUGAGGAUUAGCCAAAGAGGAGUUGUCUUCAGAGAAAGAGGCCCCAAAAGAACUAGGCCCCACUUUGUGAUAAGAAUAAUGACCACUCCCAAGUUGUGGUAAUUCAUUUCCUCCAAAAACUUCAAAUAUCUUAUUCUCAGUGGCCCUCAAAUUUUAUUAAACAUGACUUUUUAGUAAUGCUAGUAAACGGGCUAUACUUGCUACAGUCUGUAUAGCUCGCAUUACUUGUGUGGUGUGCCUACAGCUCAGAGACUGAGAUGUGAAAUGUCUGAUGUUGUAAUGUUUUAAAUGAAAAGUUAAACUAUUUAACAAUAUUCUAAUGUAACUUUUCCCCCAAUGUGCUGUGACUUGGAGAAUUCCAUGCUGACUGACCGCUCACAUCCUCUCGGAACUUGAAAUACAAUACGCACAAAUUGUCAUUGUCAUUAUUUUAUGUAUAUGGAAUGAGUAUUUAUAUGUAUGUCUUCACAUGUAUUCUGUGAGAAAUCUUGACAGCAAAAAUAGCUAAAUAAACCCUCUGAAAGUGUU